AGCCGCAGCGGGGCACGGUCAUGGAGCACCAGAGGCGAACAAGUACGUUAGGCUCUUCUCAACGCCGCUGCUAGCUGCAGCUGCAGUGACGAUGGCCUCCUCUCGGCACCGCCGCCUUCCCUUGCUCCUCUCGGCCGCUCUCGUUCUUGCCCUCUCUGUUCUUCCAGCUGCGAAGGCUGACGUCAAGAGGUACCAAUUCGAUGUCGUGAUGAGCAACGUGAGCCGGCUGUGCCAUGCCAAGUCCAUGGUAACGGUCAACGGCAGCUUCCCGGGUCCGACUGUCUACGCGCGCGAAGGGGACCGCGUCGUCGUGACCGUCACCAACCGCGCCGCGCACAACGUGACGAUCCACUGGCACGGCCUGAAGCAGCGCCGGAACGGGUGGGCGGACGGGCCGGCGUACGUGACGCAGUGCCCGAUCCGCCCCGGCGGCAGCUACGUCUACGACUUCAACGUGACCGGCCAGCGCGGGACGCUCUGGUGGCACGCGCACAUCGCCUGGCUCCGCGCCACCGUCCACGGCGCCAUCGUCGUCCUCCCCGCCCGCGGCGUGCCCUACCCGUUCCCCAAGCCCGACUCCGAGGCCGAGAUCAUCCUGGGCGAGUGGUGGCACGCCGACGUGGAGGCCGUGGAGGAGCAGGGGCGGAUGCUGGGCAUGGCGCCCAACACGUCCGACGCGCACACCAUCAACGGCAAGCCCGGCCCGCUCUUCCCGUGCUCCGAGAAACAUACGUACGCUCUGGAGGUGCAGUGGGGGAGGACGUACCUCCUCCGGAUCGUCAACGCCGCGGUGAACGAUGAACUCUUCUUCUCAAUCGCCGGCCACAUCAUGACGGUGGUGGAGAUCGACGCGACCUACACCAAGCCGCUCACGGCGUCCACCAUCCACCUGUCGCCGGGGCAGACCACCAACGUGCUCGUCCGCGCGGACCGGAGGCCCGGCCGCUACUUCAUGGCUGUCAAGCCCUUUAACGACGUGCCCGUCCCCGCGGACAACAAGACGGCCACCGCCAUCCUCCAGUACGCCGGCGUCCCGGUCUCCGUCCUCCCGGCGGCGCCGCAGCUGAUGCCCGACGCGAACGGCACGGGCUUCGUGGCCGCGUUCCACGACAGGCUCCGGAGCCUGAACUCGGCGCGGUACCCCGCCGCCGUGCCGCUCGCCGUGGACCGGCACCUGCUCUACACCAUCGGGCUCAACAUCGACCCGUGCGCGUCGUGCCCGAACGGGUCCCGCCUCGCGGCGUCGCUGAACAACAUCACGUUCGUGAUGCCCCGGGUGGCGCUGCUGCAGGCGCACUACGGGGGGCUCCGGGGCGUCUUCGCCGCCGACUUCCCCGACCGCCCACCGGCGCGGUUCAACUACACGGGCGCGCCGCUCACGGCGGGUCUCGGCACGUCGCCGGGCACGAGGCUGAGCAGGGUGGCCUACAACGCCUCCGUUGAGCUGGUGCUGCAGGACACCAGCCUGCUGUCCGUGGAGUCGCACCCGUUCCACCUCCACGGGUACAACUUCUUCGUCGUCGGGAGGGGCGCCGGCAACUUCGACCCGGCCAGGGACCCCGCCAAGUACAACCUCGUGGACCCGCCGGAGAGGAACACCGUCGGCGUGCCCGCGGGUGGGUGGGCGGCGAUCCGGUUCAGGGCGGACAACCCAGGGAUCUGGUUCCUGCACUGCCAUCUGGAGGUGCACACGAGCUGGGGCCUGAAGAUGGCCUUCCUGGUGGAGGACGGCGACGGCCCCGAUAAGUCGGUUGUGCCGCCGCCCAAGGAUUUGCCGGAGUGCUGAAGCGGCGACCGCACACAAUUCCCCUGCAUGUUGCAAGCGCCUUCGUCCGUUCUGAAGUGUAACGAACUCCUCUGCAAGAAGUUUGCAGUUGAUCUGUCUAUGUAAAGUACAGCCAUAUACGAUGUUUUCUGUUCUCACGAAAACUUUAAUAUCACCGCGAUAGUUAUUUGA